AUGGCCGCCACACAGAACACUGCAAGGUCCUCAUCCCCCACCCGCGCCUCCCCCCACCGCGACAUCCCCCUCCCCCCCGCCCCCUCCGCUCCCCCCACUCCCCCCAUUGCCCCCCCCAUGCUCCCCCCCUUGCGCCCAGACCGCUUCCCCAGCCCCAGGGCGAGCACCGGGGGGAGGGACGGGGGGAUGGGGGGCAUGGCGGGGAAGGGGGAGGGUUCGGGGUGGGUCGGGGGGAGGGAGGAGUGUGCGGAGUGUGAGGGGUGUGUGGGGGAGGAGUUGGGGGCGGUGGAGGGGGGUUGGAGAGGGGGCAGGCCGGCGGCUGGCGCGCGGUGCAGCGAGUGCACGUGCGGCACUGUGCCGGUGAAUGCGCAGUUGAUGCCGCAGCAGCAGCCCCACCACUGGCCGCACGAGCAGCAGUAUGAACAGCAACAGCAGCAGCAGCAGCAGCAGCAGCAGCAGCAGCAGCAGCAGCAGCAGCAGCAGCAGCAAUACCAGGCACAACACGACCAGCCACACCAACAGCAGCAGCAGCAGCAGCAGCAGCAAUGGCAGCAAGAGCAGCAUCAGUUUCAGUACCCGGUGCAACACGACCAACCACAGCAGCAGAUGGCAGGCGCGGCAGCGGGAGGCUGGUCGCAGGCGAGGCAGCAGCAACAGUACGGCAGCGACCCCCUUCAGCCUCACCCGCACCAGCCGAGUCAGCCCGCUGUGCUGGGUGCAUCACUGCACACAGCGGUGCGCGCCGCCGUGGCAGCCCCGCUUGCGGUGGCCCGUCUGAGGCGCGCGGAUGCACAGCCGUCCGCGGACGACCUGCACGCCAUGGCCGCGCAUGCCGCCCACUGGGACCCCCCGCCGCCCGCGGCACAGCCUGCGCAUGACGCUGUCCCUCUGGAGCUGCCGCUUUCCGCUCCCCCUGCCCUCACCUCCAACCUCGCCGGCCCCUUGGACCCUCUCCCCUUCACAACACUCGCCUUCUCUCAACCCAGCAUUGCUCCCGUGCAGUUCACGCCCUCCUUCCCCCCGCUCCCCCCACUCCCCCCCCACUCCUCUCUCCCGCCUCUCACGGGCGGAGACACCCCCCUUGACCCAGCCGCCAUGCCCGAUUGGCUGCGCCGCCUGCAGCGCUGCCGCAGCAGCGUGGCCUGGCAGCUUUCGCAGGGGGAGGGGGAUGGGGAGGGGGAGGGGCAGGGGCAGGCGCAGGGCGAGGGGGAGGGCGGGCCGAGGCGGAUCCUGAUUUCAGAGAACAGCUUUGGCGCGCUGGUGGUGACCAAUGUGCUCACAGGCAGUGCAGGCGCGGGGGUGUGCGCGGGCAGUGGGAAGGAGGGCGCAGGUGAGAGUGGCGGAGCUGUGGUGGGAGGGGUGGCAGGCGGGAAUGCGGCUGUGAUGGCGGGGGGGGUUGGGGCAGAGAUGGGAGGAGGGUGGGCGGGAGAGACAGUGGGGGAAAGUCAGAACAGCUCUUCUCACUGCUGCACAGCCUGCCCGCUCUCGAUUGCCCCAUGCCUGAGUGAUGCCACCCCAUGGCCCAGUGACGCGGUGGAGUGGGAAGGGGGUGGGAGCGGGGUCAGUGGCGCCCUUGUGGUGUGGGGAAUCAGUAAGGUGUGGGGAGUGGCGCACCACAGCUUACAGACGCCACGUGCUUGCCUGUCCUCCCAGAGCGACUGCAGACGAGCAGCAGCGUGCAUCACCCCCAUCCCACACAUGCAGCUCCAAUGUAUGCGCAGUCAAGCGAAUGAUCUCCCUCUAACUGCCCCCUGUCGCUUCCGCCCCUCGACCGUCACUGCUGUCCAUAUUGCCACCCAUCACUGCCACCCACUCUCGCCCGUCACUGCCACGCAUCCAGCAGCGGCAGCACGAGGUUGGCACGGGGCACCGCGCACUGCUGGCGGCGAUUGCAGAGAUCCAUGGUACUGGUCCAUGGCACGGCGCUGGACGAGCGCCACGCCCACCUCCUUCUGCUUCGCCCUCACUGCCCGCUGCCCAUCACUUCCACCUGUCACCGGAACCCUUCACUGUCGUCCAUCACUGCCACACGUCCAGCAGCGGCAGCAUGCGGUUGGUGCGGUAUACCUCCAACUGAUACGUCCACUGUGUGGCGCUGGAACUGCCCCAUGCCCACCACCUUCUGCAUCUGCCGCACUGCCCUCUGCCCGCCACCAGCAUCUGUCACUGCCACACAUCCAGCAGCGGCAGCAUGAGGUUGGUGCGAUGCACCUCCAACUGCUGCCGCCCGUUAUACACGUCCACUGUGUGGCGCUGGAACUGCCCCAUGCCCACCUCCUUCUGCAUCUGCCUCACUGCCCGCUGCCCCCCCUUGUGCGUGCCCCCCUGCCCCGCUGCUUCCAUCCCCUGCCCCCGCUCCCAUGCCAUGUGCACCGCCUGCCAGGGGGUGGGGGCCGGGGGGGAGAGGGCAUGGGGAUGAGGGAGGGAGGGAGGGAAUAG